GUAAAACAAAAUUAACAACAACAAAAAAGCCCGAUUUUAAUUUUCUAGAAUCACAGAAUUUAUUUAUUGGUAGCCACAUUUUUAAAAGGGCAGGGUCUGAGAUAGAGGUGGCAGGUGCCAUGUCUGGCUGUGAAGGUAGCAAGAAGAAACCCCUGAAGCAGUCUAAGAAGGCAGCCAAGCAGAUGGACAAGGAAGAUAAGGCAUUCAGAGACAGAAAGAAGAGUAGAAAAAAGGAGCUACAAACAAAAGCUGUGGUAAAGAGUUCCCUGGCCACAGGUGGAAUUAAGAAGUCUGGCAAAAAGCUGUUCCUUGUGCCUGAGGCAAUGGCGAUCCUUAAUUCCAUUCCUGCUUAAACAUCUGGAUUCCUUUCCAUAACACCUGUUGCCACCUGUAGCUAGAAUGAAGUGCUGACUUG